AUGGGGAUGCGAGAUCCCCUCCUUGAGGCUAUGGCUGAAGUCAAGGUCAACGCCAACCAGCUUCGCAAACAAGCCGUCAAAGCCGAAGCCAUGUCAAGGUCGCAAGAGGACAAAGCAACCAAAGCUCUAAAAAAGGGCCAAUUCCAGAUCUCCCGCAUCCACGCCGGCUCCGCGAUCAGGGAAAAACGCCGCUCCGUCACCCUGCUCUCUAAGGCCGCCGAGGCGGACGUCAUCUACUCUGACCUUGCGGCGGCGAAAUCAACGCGAGACUCGACGAGGUCAUUGGUGAAAGCGUCCAAGGCCCUGGAAUCGGCGAGCAGGAGUAUAAAUCUGGAGCGCACGCUGGCGAUUGCGAAUGCGUUCGUGGCGCGGUCCGAGGACUUCAAGCUAGCCGGAUCCGCGUUGGAAGGUGUCUCAAGAGACGUCCAGAUGGCGGAAUAUGGGGCGGAGGGCGAGGAGGAAGUUGACAAGUUGAUGGAGAGGCUUGCGGACAAUGCGGGUGUGGAUCUGAGGCAGAAUUUGGAGGAGAAUGCAGCGCCCAAUGAUGAGAUUGGUGUCAAGGCUGGAAAGCAAAAAGAGGCUGACUUCGAGGAUGGUUUGGCGGGAAGACUGAGAGCAUUGAGGUCAUAG